AUUUAUAUUUUCUUUCUCAGAUAUUUUUUGUACUCCAUCUUGUCUGUUUUUCUGCUUUCCACCUCCAUUGCAGCGGCAAAAAGCUUUUUUUACGCUGUCGUUUUGCUCUUUGCACUUUUAGUGGGCUCCACAGUUCACGUUUGCAGUCUCUUCUCUUCGUUUUCAGCUCUUUCGCUGUUACGAGAUUCAUAUACAGACUGACAGACACAGACUGAAGGUAAGGAAAAUAUUCGUUUGAUGCUGGCGUAUGGCAACUCUUAGUGAUAUUGGUGUUGCAGCUGCGAUUAAUAUCCUCAGUGCAUUUGCCUUCUUUGUGGCGUUUGCUGUCCUUCGAUUACAGCCUGUCAAUGAUCGGGUCUACUUCCCAAAAUGGUAUCUCAAGGGUCUAAGAAAUACCCCCUUGACCUCAGGGGCACUAGUCCAAAGAUUUGUCAAUUUGGAUUUCCGGUCUUACUUGAGAUUUCUCAACUGGAUGCCUGCUGCAUUGCAAAUGCCAGAAGCAGAGCUUAUUGAUCAUGCAGGAUUAGACUCUGUUGUUUACUUGAGGAUUUACUUGACUGGGAUUAAAAUAUUUGUUCCUAUUGCUUUCAUCGCUUUUACAGUCAUGGUUCCAGUUAACUGGACAAAUCGCACCUUGGAGCAAUCUAAUUUGACUUAUAGUGAUUUAGACAAGCUUUCGAUUUCAAAUAUACCUAUGGGAUCCCAGAGAUUCUGGACUCACUUAGUAAUGGCUUAUAUGUUUACCUUCUGGACAUGUUAUGUGUUAAAAAGGGAGUAUGCGAUUGUUGCAUCAAUGAGGUUACAUUUUCUUGCAUCAGAACAUCGGCGCCCUGAUCAAUUUACUGUACUGGUUAGAAAUGUGCCACCAGACCCUGAUGAAUCGGUUAGUGAGCUUGUGGAGCACUUCUUUUUGGUCAACCAUCCAGAUCACUAUCUCACUCAUCAGGUUGUAUACAAUGCGAACAAACUGUCAGAACUUGUCAGUGAGAAGAAGAAAAAGCAGAAUUGGCUUGACUACUAUCAACUAAAGUUUGCAAGAAAACAGUUGGAAAGGCCAAGAUUUAAGGGUGGUUUUCUUGGCUGUUAUGGUGAGAGUGUGGAUGCAAUUGAUUUCUAUAGUUCUGAAAUUGAAAGACUCUCAAGGGAGAUAUGUACAGAGAGGAUGAACAUUAUUAGCAAUAGCAAAUAUAUAGUUCCAGCUGCAUUUGUUUCGUUCAAGACACGAUGGGCUGCUGCUGUUUGUGCACAAACACAACAGUCUCGAAACCCAACCAUCUGGCUGACUGAGUGGGCCCCGGAGCCUCGUGAUGUGUACUGGGAUAAUCUGGCAAUUCCAUACGUUUCACUUGCAAUCAGAAAGCUUGUUGUUGGCGUGGCAUUCUUCUUCCUUACCUUUUUCUUCAUGAUUCCCAUCGCGUUUGUACAGUCUCUUGCUAACAUUGAGGGAAUUGAGAAGGUGUUUCCCUUCCUGAAGGAAAUAAUUGAAAUGAAAGCGGUGAAGUCUUUCAUACAAGGAUUUCUUCCCGGGAUUGCUUUGAAGAUUUUUCUUAUAUUUCUACCCUCAAUACUGAUGCUAAUGUCAAAAUUUGAAGGAUUUAGCUCCAUAUCAGCUCUUGAGAGGAGAUCUGCAACAAGAUACUAUAUUUUCCAGUUCAUCAAUGUAUUUCUUGGAAGCAUCAUCACGGGGACCGCUUUUCAACAACUAAAUAAUUUUCUCCAUCAAUCUGCAAAUGAUAUCCCAAAGACAGUUGGUGUAUCGAUCCCGAUGAAGGCAACGUUCUUUAUAACUUACAUAAUGGUGGAUGGAUGGGCAGGAGUUGCGGGGGAGAUUCUGAGGUUGAAGCCUUUAAUAAUGUUUCACUUGAAAAAUUUCUUCUUGGUGAAGACGGAGAAGGAUAGGGAAGAAGCUAUGGAUCCUGGGAGUCUUGGUUUCAACACAGGCGAGCCUCAAAUCCAGCUUUAUUUCUUACUUGGCCUGGUUUAUGCUGUCGUCUCUCCAAUUUUACUCCCCUUCAUUAUAGUGUUUUUCACCCUAGCUUAUGUCGUAUAUCGCCACCAGAUCAUCAAUGUGUACAACCAAGAGUACGAGAGUGCAGCAGCAUUCUGGCCUGAUGUGCAUGGGCGCAUCAUAACUGCUCUUAUCGUCUCGCAACUGCUUCUGAUGGGAUUGCUGAGCACAAAACGGGCCUCUCAUUCAACUCCGCUGCUUAUUACACUCCCAAUACUCACUAUAUGGUUCCAUUUGUUUUGUAAAGGCCGCUAUGAACCAGCUUUCAUCAGAUAUCCUCUUCAGGAGGCGAUGAUGAAAGAUACUCUGGAACGCACAAAGGAACCCAACUUGAACUUGAAAGAGUACCUCCAGAACGCCUACAUCCACCCAGUCUUCAACGCCGGAGAUGAUAGCGACGGCGACAGCGACGCCGGCAGUGAUGAAGAUUUGGAGCAGCAACCCACACUUGUUCAGACAAAGCGCCAAUCUAGAAGGAACACGCCGCGCCCCAGUCAAAAGAGCCAGUCUUCUCGUUACCUUCUGUCCGAGGUUGAGCUUAAGUCGCAGGUAUAA